AUGAGUCAUCGUAAAUUUGAAGCUCCACGUCACGGUAAUCUCGGUUUCAGACCAAGAAAGAGAGCCGCCAGACAUCAAGGUAAAGUCAAGUCAUUCCCAAAGGAUGACCGUACCCAAAAAGUCCACUUAACUGCAUUCAUGGGUUACAAAGCUGGUAUGACUCACGUUGUCAGAGAUUUAGAAAAACCAGGUUCAAAGAUGCACAAAAAAGAAAUCGUUGAAGCCGUCACCAUCAUUGAAUGUCCACCAAUGUACAUUGUUGGUUUAGUUGGUUAUGUUGAAACCGCUCAAGGUCUCAAAACCUACAAAACCGUCUGGGCUCAACAUUUAAGUGAUAACUUCCGUAGAAGAUUAUACAAAAACUGGUACAAAUCAAAAUCAAAGAAAGCUUUCACCAAAUACGUUAAACAAUACGAAACUGAAGAAGGUAAAAAAUCAAUUGAAGCCUCUCUCCAAGCCAUCAAAAAGAGAUGUUCAGUCGUCCGUGUCAUUGCUCACACUCAAGUUCACAAAUUAAAAUUAACUCAAAAGAAAGCACACGUCCUUGAAAUCCAAGUCAAUGGUGGUUCAAUCGUCGAAAAAGUUAACUUUGCUGUUGCCAACUUUGAAAAGACCGUCAACGUCACUGGUGUCUUUGCCGAAAAUGAAUUAAUCGAUGUUAUCGGUGUAACCAAAGGUAAAGGUUUCAAUGGUGUCAUUAAAAGAUGGGGUGUCCGUAAAUUACCAAGAAAGACCCAUAAAGGUUUAAGAAAGGUUGCCUGUAUUGGUGCAUGGCAUCCAUCCCGUGUUAGUACCACCGUCCCAAGAGCUGGUCAACUCGGUUACCAUCAUCGUGUCGAAAGAAACAAGAAGAUUUACAGAAUCGGUCAAGCUCAACCAGAAGACGGUAAACAAAUCUCAACCGGUAAGACUGAAUUCGAUUUAACUGAAAAGACUAUCAAUCCAAUGGGUGGUUUCGCUCACUACGGUAUGGUUAAACAUGAAUUCUUAAUGCUUAAAGGUUGUGUUGCUGGUCCAAGAAAGAGAGCCUUAACCUUAAGAAAGAGUAUCACCACUCAAACUGGUCGUGCUGCCCUCGAGAAAAUCACUCUCAAAUUCAUCGAUACCUCCAGCAAGUUUGGUCACGGUCUUCAUCAAACCGCUGAAGAUAAGACUAAAUAUUUCGGCGUCAAGAAAUCAAGAUCAACUAAGGCUUAA